AUGGCUAUUGCAACGCUUGAUUUCGCUAAGUUCCACGGCGGCUCUGACGCAGAACGUCGUGAAUUCGCCUCUGCUCUAACGGACGGAUUCAGGCGUCUCGGUUUUGUCAAGCUGAUCAACCAUGGCUUCUCUAAGGAUGAAAUUUCUGAUUUGUUCCAAUUGGCUAGCAUCCAGAAUGAUGAAGGUCCCAAGCCACAACGAGGAUGGAGUCACGUUGGAGCCGAAAAGACGGGCCUACUGAACCCAGGCGGCAAGACUAAUCUCGCUAAAACCGAUCAACACGACCUCCAAGAUGCCAAGGAGCACUUCGAUACGGGCCCAGUUGAAGACAUGCAGUAUCAGAACAAAUGGCCCUCUCCGGAUCGCCUGCCUGGGUUUCGACCAUGGCUGGAGUCAUACUUUUACCGUAGCCAGGCCAUCACACUGGAGCUGAUGGCAGCGCUGGAGCUGGGUCUGGGGAUUCCUCAGGGUAGCUUCGUUGGCUUAUGCCAGGGUCACGCCAGCGAGCUACGCCUGAACCACUACCCAUCCAUUGCCCUCCGCACGCUCAGGGACGGUAGGACAAGCCGUAUCUGGCCGCAUACUGACUUUGGCAUCAUCACGCUGCUGGCGCAGGAUGACCGUGGCGGCCUUGAGGUGCAAAACAAGGAGGCCCCGGACGACUUUAUCCCCGUGUCGCGCGAGGAUUCGUCUGAAUUUGUGGUGAACAUCGGCGACACCCUCGAAAGGUGGACGAACGGCGUCCUCAAGGCGGGCUUGCACAGGGUCACAACUCCGCGACGCGACGCAGUUUCCAGCGGCAACGAUGAGAUGUUGCCGGCGCGGCGGUCCAUUGCCUUUUUCCUUAAGGCUCACCGGGAUAUGUCCGUUGGACCGCUACCACCCUUUGUGUCGGAUCUCUGUCCUCCCCACUAUGAGGAUAUGACGGCCUUGGCGUAUCAGCAGUUGCGGACGAAUAUCGUUUAUUAG